GAGCGCAAUGGUUGGACUUGGGUCUGCGUGGCCUCAUCAUCCCAAUCCUCCUCUUCCCAUCACAGCAGUGGACUAAUUCGGUGAUCGCAAUGGGUUCGACUAAAUGCUUAGAUGCCUCUGCAGGGAACAAGGAACGGUUGCGUUGGACGCAGGAGCUACACGAUAUGUUCGUCGAGGCAGUUACCAAGCUUGGUGGCCCUGAUAGGGCAACACCAAAGGGUAUUCUGAAGGCUAUGGGAGUUUCUGGACUGACCAUCUACCAUAUCAAAAGCCAUUUGCAGAAGUACAGGAUCUCAAAAUUUGUACCAGAGACUACCAGUAAAGCAGGCAAUCUCCAGAGGAAAAACAUUUCAGAAAUACUGCCUAACUUCGGCACAACAUCUGCUGCUCAGCUCAAUGAAGCGUUACAUCUCAUGCAUACACAAGUACAAAGGAGAUUGAGUGAUCAACUUGAGGUGCACAAGAGCUUGAAGCAAAAAUUUGAAGCCCAGGGAAGGUUCCUUGAUACAAUUUCAGCAGAUCGGAGUCGCAAUGAUAACCGCCCGACCUUUACGAAACCUAUCAAACCCAUAUCUAGAAAAUCGCUGCCUUCUCUCUGUGAGGAAUCCGAAUCAAAUGCUAAGGACUUCGGGACGUCUGACUCGGACGCUGAGAAGACCGAGAUUCAAUCCUCUGGAGAAGAAUUCCAAGCUUUGAAGAAGCAAAGGGUACAUAAUCAAAACGACGACAACAUGGCAUGGAAUUUUCCUAUCAUUGAGGAUCAAACGGCCAAUAUAUCAUCAUAUCCUGCAGUGUAUGAUCAGAUUAGCUUUCCUUGGAAUUUUGGAGCCUGCACAUCGCCUUUAGUCCCCAGUUUCCUAUAAAUAAUAUUGGAAUGAGUAUUGUCUUUUUUGAUGAGUUCCAUAUAUAUGUUUUGCUAAAACAAAAGGAAUAUUUUUUUGCUUCCAUAUAUUUCCUUUUAAUUCAGUCUGUGGAAGCAAUAAAAAUAUAUCCCUAUAGCUCUAGUAUAGUAAUUGGUUGAUAUUCCAUAAUAAUUAAAGUCGUUAGCUUCUUGGCAAAACUUUCAUAGGCCAAUGAAUACAAACAUGUAUCAAUAAAGGGAAAAUUCUAUAAUACAUACAUGUAUCUCAUACAUGUUCUCAAUGUUGUAAUUUUGAUUCAAAAAAUUGUAAUUUUUGUUCAAAUAGAUGUAAAAUGAGUGUAUGAUAAACAUCACAGUACCA